CAACUAUAGUGACAUAAAUGUCAGUCACUGACGUUUAUAAUUAUUGUUUAUAAUUUCCAAAAUCGGUGAAAUAAAUACAAUCAUCCUAAAAUCACAACCCACAUAAUUAAUAAUUAUAAUUUUUUUUCGGUGGAUCGAUAAUGUACUGAAAUUGUUGUUGUUAAUAUGCAGACAGUCGACAAUAAGCUUGUGAUCAAUGAAGAAGAACAUUUAAUAAACGUCCGACUUUAUUCUUACAGUUCAUUUGUGAGUUGUUUUGGAUAAUAUACAAACAAUUAUUUAAAUUUGAUAUGGAGACUAGUAAAAAUUUGGAAAGAUCUGUAAACCAACAAUUAGAAGAUGACAACAUUGCAGAUUAUUCAAAUGAAUGUGUUAAAAUAAAAGUUGAACCAAAAUUAGAAAACUAUGACUUAAACCAACCAAGUUCAGGGGAUAGGGAUAUUAAAAUAGGAAACGAUAUACCAGAAGAUGAAACUAGUGAUCUAGCCGAUAUUAUUACUAUGCAAGAGAUUAAAGAGGAAAUAAAGGAAGAAAUGCAGAUACUUGAUUUACCAAUAAGCCAUAAUGACCAAAAAAGUAUUCCUCAAGAGAUGAAUACACCACAAAAUACGAAAACAUCGCAAGAAGAACGUUUCGCAUGUAGGGUUUGUUCGAAACCUUUCUCUUCUAAGGGUAGUUUAACUACACAUAUGCGGAAGCAUUCUGGAGAAUUGUUAUACAAAUGUGAGACUUGCUCAAAGCGAUUUAGCCAUAAAAGUGUUUUAAACAUCCAUAUGAGAGCGCAUACAGGUGAAAAACCUUUCUUAUGUAAGAUCUGUUUUAAACCGUUCUCUGUCAAGUAUAACUUAAAUAAACAUAUGCGUAUGCAUACUGACGAAGAAUUUUACAAAUGUGACAUUUGUUUUAAACAAUUCACUCAUCUAAGUGGUUUGAAAAUGCAUUUGAAAACACACGGAGAGAAUCCUUUUGUAUGUAAGAUUUGUUCUAAACGAUUCGCUCUUAACAAUGAUUUGACCAAUCACAUGCGAAUGCAUACUGGUGAGAACGUCCACAAAUGUGAAUAUUGUUUUAAAGAAUUUCCUUAUCGAAGUAUUUUGAAGACUCAUUUGAGAGGACACCUGGGAGAAAAACCAUUCGUUUGUAAGAUUUGUUCUAAAGCGUUUACUAUCAAGGGUAGCUUGAAUAAACACAUGCGACUACAUACUGGAGAGGGGUUAUAUACGUGUGAAACUUGUUUCAAACAAUUUACCCAUGAAAGCGUUUUGAAGGUCCAUGCGAGAACGCACAGUGGAGAAAAACCUUUCUCGUGUGAGCUUUGUGCUAAACCGUUCUCUUUCAAGUUUAAUUUAAACAAGCAUAUGCGACUCCACGAAGAAGAAAAGGCUUAUAAAUGUGAAGAGUGCUGUAAGCAGUUUACGCACGAGAGUAUUUUGAAGAACCAUCUGAGAUCCCACACAGGAGAAAAACCUUUCCCUUGUACUAUUUGCCCUAAAGCGUUCUCAUUCAAGCAUAACUUGAAUACGCAUAUGCAACUGCAUGGGGAAAGGUCGUACAAAUGUGAAAUUUGUUUUAAGCAAUUUACACAUGACAGUGUGCUGAAAAUUCAUUUGAGAACGCACACGAGAGAAAAACCCUUUGUAUGUGAGAUCUGUUCUAAGCCCUUCUCUCUCAAGGCUAAUUUAAACAAACAUAUACGACUGCAUACAGGUGAAAACCUUUACAAAUGCGAAGUUUGCUUUAAAGCAUUUACCGAUGAGAGUGUUUUGAAUGGUCAUUUGAGAAUCCACACGGGAGAAAAACCUUUCUUAUGUAAGAUUUGUUCUAAACCCUUCGCGCUUAAGUCUAACUUGAAUAAACAUAUGCGAUUGCAUACUGGGAAAUACCAUUAUAGGUGCAAACUUUGUUUUGAGCAAUUUACUAAAGCUGUUGAUUUGAAAACCCAUAUGGAAAAUCACAAUUUAGACCAAUUAAAUACAAUUGCCUAGAUAGAAAU